AGUUGCGCGCAGAGACCAGAGCCAGACAGAGUCCGACCACCAACAGGGCUUCGAUCAGCUGUUGUCGGAGUUUGCGCUGCAGUGCCGUUACGGCGCUCUUAACGAGAAGAGAAACCCACGGAGAGAAAAGGAGACGCCGGUUUGUUGUUGUCUCCUGUCCGCUGGACUGACAUCGCAUGGGGACAUGAACAGUGUGGAUCCAGCCUCUAACAAACUGUUGACUUUCAAUCAACGCUCUGCCUCGGAGGACUUGGGCUGCAGGCGUGGAGACUUCAGCAGGAAACACUAUGGUUCGGUGGAGCUGCUAAUUUCCAGUGACGCAGAUGGGGCCAUUCAGAGGGCAGGACGCUUCAGGGUGGAGAAUGGCUCUUCAGAUGAGGCUUUGGACUACACGCCAGGAACCUGGAGGAGAACUGAUGUCCAUCUGGAGAAUCCAGAGUACCACACUAGAUGGUUCUUUAAAUACUUCCUGGGAAAAGUCCACCAGAACUACGUGGGUACAGAUGCAGAGAAGAACCCCUUCUAUCUGUCAGUCGUCCUCUCGGACCAGAACAACCAGCGGGUUCCUCAGUACAGAGCCAUCCUCUGGAGAAAGUCGGGCACUCUGAAGAUCAGCCUCCCCUACAGCCCGACUAAAACACUAUCAGUCAAGUCCAUCCUAAGUGCAAUGAACAUGGACAGGUUUGAGAAAGGCCCCAGGGAGAUCCUCAACCCGGAGAUUCAGAAGGAUCUGCUGGUGUUGGAGGAACAGGAGGGUUCUGUCAACUUUAAAUUUGGCGUCCUGUUUGCCAAAGACGGACAGCUCACAGAUGACGAGAUGUUUAGCAAUGAGACGGGAAGUGAGAGCUUCGAUAAGUUUCUCAAUCUUCUGGGUGAUUCCAUUACACUGCAGGGAUGGGCAGGUUACCGCGGAGGGCUAGACACCAAGAAUGACACUACAGGGAUUAAGUCCAUCUACACAGUGUAUCAGGGCCACGAGCUCAUGUUCCAUGUGUCCACCAUGUUACCCUACUCUAAAGAGAAUAAGCAGCAGGUGGAGAGAAAGAGACACAUUGGAAAUGACAUUGUUACCAUAGUAUUCCAGGAAGGAGAUGACGCAUCGUCGUCCUUCAAACCGUCUAUGAUCCGAUCGCACUUCACCCAUAUUUUUGCAUUAGUUAGGUAUAAUAGCCAGAAUGACAGUUACAGGUUGAAGAUAUUCUCAGAGGAGAGUGUUCCACUGUUUGGACCCCCUCUCCCAUCUCCGCCUGUAUUUACUGAUCACCAAGAAUUCAGGGACUUUUUAUUAGUCAAAUUAAUCAAUGGAGAGAAAGCCACACUGGAGACGCCAACGUUUGCCCAAAAGCGUCAGCGGACCCUUGACAUGUUGAUCCGCUCGCUGUACCAGGACCUCAUGCCUGACCUGCACAAGAACAUGUUAAAUCGGCGGUCCUUCAGCGACGUGCUGCCUGAGUCUCCAAAGUCGGCACGCAAGAAGGAGGAGGCACGGCAGGCCGAAUUUGUCAGAAUAGGGCAGGCUCUGAAGCUGAAGACCAUUGUGAGAGGAGAUGCCCCAACUAGCCUUGUUACCACCGGCCUGUGCAGGAAAGAACCAUGGGAGUCCCAGUCGUUCUGCAGCACAUUCCCCUACGAGAUCGUGUGUGCCGACUCGUGGGGUCAGUCUCUGCUGGCUGCCACCGACACGGCGGGGGUCAUGCUGCUGGAUGGCCCUGAUCCAGCUCUGUCCAACGCUGAGACGCAGGCUGUGCCCCCAGUUCAGGUGUUUGACAAAACCAUGGUGGUGAAGCAGGUGCACGUUCUCGAGCCUCAGGACCUGCUUAUCACCAGAGCUGACAAAGGGAAGGACGCUCGGCUCUAUGUGUACAGACUCAGCACGCUCAAGAGAGGCCUGGAGGAGAAGCAGCUGGUCAGAAGCAAGUGUGACAGCCGGGAAAAUAAACUGGAGAAAACUAAAGGCUGUCAUUUAUACUCCAUUAACACCCACCACGGCUCAGAGCUGAGGAUAGUAGCAGCCAUCAGGAACAAACUCCUCCUCAUCACCAGGAAACAUCCACGUUUUGAAGGUUUCAGUGCCGUCGCCCCAGGCGCAGACUCACCAGUAGAGGAGUUUCAGUACAUACGGGAGAUCUGUCUGUGUGACCCGCCGGUGGUGAUGGCGCUGGUGGACGGGCCAACGGGGGAAAAUGACAAUAUGAUCUGUGUGGCCUAUAAACAUCAGUUUGACCUGAUCAAUGAGAGCACUGGAGAUGCCUACCGGCUACAUCAUGUCGAUGCCAACAGGGUAAAUUUUGUAGCAGCCAUUGAUGUGUAUGAAGACGGGGAGGCGGGUCUGCUGCUGUGUUACAACUAUAUUUGCUCCUAUAAGAAAGUUUGUCCGUUUAACGGCUCCACACCGAUGAUCCAGUCCAACACCUCCGAUUUCCACUUCAGCUGGAACCAGAUGCCCAAUGCUAUUGUUUGUGCAUUUCCUUACAUCCUGGCCUUCACAACGGACUCCAUUGAGAUCCGACUAGUGGUCAAUGGCAACCUUGUGUACACAGCAGUGGUCCCCGAGCUACAGUUGGCUGCUUCACGGUCGGACAUCUAUUUUGUUUCGUCUGCUCCGGUGAGCUCAGCCUCCAACUGCAGUUCGAGAGACACCAGUUCCCAGAGUUCCCCACAGACGCCCACCGGCUACGAGAUGCCCGUGUUCCCCUCACCACUCGGUGAUGAUUCUAUACGGAUCCCCUAUGGUACCAAGCUUUCCCUGUACAUGUCUAAGGAUGCUGAAGGUGAACCAGCAUGUAAGCAAAUGUUCAAGAUCCCUUUGUGUAACUUGGUGGGCCGCAGCAUUGAAAGACCCCUCAAGUCCCCUCUGGUCAACAAGGUGCUGACGACGCCGGCCCCCGCCAUGGUAUCCCCGACUCCCCUCAUCUCUGCCACACACUCGCUUUCCCUGUCCCGCAUGGAGAUCAAAGAGAUAGCCAGCCGCACACGGAAGGAGCUGCUUGGCUUGACAGAGGAACCAAGUGGGAAGUCAGACAGCGGAACAGUCAAACAGAGGAAGUUGAGCAAGAAGAACACUGAGGAGGACCCCAAAGCACGAGCACUGACGUCAACAAACAGUGACAGGUUAGCGUCAGAGUCUGUUGAAUCAGACUUGGACGUCCAGCUGCAUUGUUCGUCCAGUUCGGAGGCCGAGCCAGAGAAAGUGGUGCUGCGAGCAGAAAGCCCGCCUCUCGCCAGCGCCUUUGCCCUCUCCACAUCCUUCGAAGAAGAUGUCCUGGACCUAAAGUGAAGACAAUCCCACCGUGCACUUCUCUGCCCACCCGCUCCCAUUCUGUCACCAUUAUUUUAUGGUUUUGUUUGGUUUGCUUUUAAUUUGUUGUUUGUCGAAUUCUUUUUUCUUUUUGUUCUUUAUAUCCCUGUAUCUUGGGUCUCCCCAUUCAUAGGACAAGAUGGGUGCAGUGGGAGUUAAAAAAUGUGUGCGUUUGUUUUCGCGAGCAGUCCCUCAGCCACUGUGUGUUGGGUGUUUGUGUUGCCCCACAGCAAAUAACCCAAAGAGGCGGUGAGGCCUUGUAAAAUGCCGUGGUUUAUUCAGAGUUCUGCAACAGCCGUUAGAUAAUGUUAAAGGUUUGAUCCCAAACCACAAACUGAAUGUAAAUCUGCGCACCUAGGCACGACAAAUAUCUCCACGUACACAAUGCCCUCUGAAGUUGUUAGAGCUUAAUAUGUGUUGUAUUAUGUGAUUAUUUCCUAUCCACUUUCAAAUGUUGUAUGAUAUGUAUGUGUACAUCUGUUUAUACAUGAAAAUGCAUUCACAGUGACAGGCGUGCAUGCCUGACAUGCCUGUGAUGCAUAUUUAUAGAUAUAUUAUAAAAGCUCAUUUUAUUCCCAUAUUUAGUAAAAGUAUGUAAAAGUUUUAUGCGCUCUGCACAUAUUAGUCCUUAUUAUUCUCCUUAUUCACAGUAUACAGGUAGACAGGGCUGGAGGCAUAUGUCUCUCACAAGUGCCAUUUCCCAGCAUCCUCCAUUAAACUAAACAAUUAACAGUCACCGUAUUCUGGUGUCUGAAAGUAGCAGUCAUGAUUGUAGUCCACUUUAGAUUACGAUGGUGACCCCACAACUCCAUUCAGUUUGGAUAAAUUCACAUACUUGAGGCACUCUCUUAAAGCCACAUGCACUCAUUUAACCACAUAAGAAUGAGGUGUCCUAAAAUCGGCAUGACCUGCCUUUGCUGCAUGUAUUGUGACUUGACUGCACCAAAAAAUAGCUUCUUUACAAACCAUGAGGUCUGCGACAUCUCAAACAUAGCAACAUAAAGCAAACCAAAACCUGAGACAACCGAAGAAGUGUGGAUGUUUUACUAGACUGUCACGUGUGAUGGCCUGAGGGAGGAUAGAACAGCAAAGGAAUUAUUGACAAAACUACAAAAUGUAGACAAAAACUAAAGUUAAAAUACAGUAUAUUGUCGUAAACUGAAAUGAUAAAAGCAGAAUUUUGUUAAGAAGUAAAAAGCUAAAACUAUCUGGACUACUAAUUAAAAUAAAGUUAAGUGUGAACUAUUUCAAAUUGGUCUUUUUCUGUAUGUGGAAUGAGCAAAAAGGUAAUACAUUUUGAAAUUUUCCCAAUUAUUGAAACAUUAUUGCUUAUAUUAAACAGUUACCCAUUUCAAAUACACACAGAAAACAUACUCUGAAUUUGAAUAGUUUUACCUUUAGGAAAUUGCUGCCUUUACCCAACUAAACAUCAAGAGUAAACUAAAAAUAAAGAAUUGCAAAAUAACUGUCCAUGAAAACCAACAAACUAAAACUAAAAAGCAUAAAAAAGGGGAAACGCUAUAAAAGAAAUAACCCUAUUAGGGAUUUAGCACCGAGCGCACAAGCCCUGCUGGUUUUUAUUUCACAUGUCCAGUAAAACUCUGAUUUACAGCUGAGACAACUGGUGCAAAGGUGCAGCUAUGAAUUAUGGGCCAAUUCAUGGGACACCAGUGGCACUCCAAUUUUCUUUUAUUCCCAUCACAUCUCAUGUGUUCAUUGGAAAACAGCUAUACAUGUCUUGAAAGCCAACUCACCUACACAUAGUUUUAUUUACUGAUUAAUUAACUUUUUUUUUUGGCCAGACCCUGAUAGCAGUUAUUGGUAGUCAUAACCAAACGUUAACUGUCUUCAUUCAAAAACUCUUGGAAGGACAACUUUAACUCUGGACAAGAAACAUUUUCUUCCCACUUGUCCCUGACUACCGUUAGAAUUAUAAAUUUGAAACCAAUCGUGUUUCAAACUCCAAAAGGGAGAAGUACUCCGGCAAUUUUGUAUUGCAUUUCCAUAACAUUGAAGGACUCAGAAAAGAUGUCUGAAGCCCAAGAAGGUUUCCUGUAGAACCGAAGAAAACAUUGUCCAACUUUUUUUGACACGUUCAACGCAGAAACUUGCUUCACGCUAAACACAGGGCAUUAUCGGAAAUUACAUUUAUAUUUUGUAUGUUUCUUACGUGCUCAAACUUAAGACUUAAAGUGGGUGACCGCACAAGCAGAGUUGGGUUGAGCUGUUAAACUUUUUCUUACUUUUUCACUCUCCAUACAAUAUUUUUCAGCAAAACAUAGAUAAAUUCAUCCUCCUACGACACAAUGUAACUCUCUAAGCAAACUGACAUUUUGCAUUAAGAGCCUCAAAUCGACAUUAGUGCUAUCCAAUUGCCCCGUUGACUCCAAUGUGAACUGAGACAAGAGAUGUCAGGAACAUAAACAGAAAAGGGGACUUUUUGAGCUCACCCUAUUUCCCACAUUUUUGACUCCACAAAUACAAAUAUUACUGCGCCACGUUCAGCAAAGUUUAUUCUCUCUCAUUAUGUAAAAAUCUAGCUGAUAGGAAUUGGACUCUUUGAGUAAUAAGCUAGAGUUUGAGUGUUUCCUCUCAGCUUAAUCUCUAUAAAAAAUUCCCCAGGAGUCACACAGCUGAUUGAGAUUAACUACUUUUCUGAUCUAUGUGGUGUCACAGAAGCUUUAUUACUGAUAAACACCAGUGUCAUUUACAAACAUUUUAACAUUUUUAACUGCUACUCCUUUCAUUGCUUCCUGCCCCUCAUGUGAAUCUAGAGAAGGCGACCAGUCUCACCCAAGAGUCCCUCUGCAGUUAAGUGGAGUUUGUGGAUUCUUGGCACACACAUACACCGAAAAAAAGUCAUGGCCCUUCAAAGAAGGAACUCAUUUUACAAAUGCACACACACAUGUCCACAUACACUAUAUGAGAAACACAUGCAUGCAUGCAUGCAUACAUGUUUAAAUGUAUAAAAAAACAAAAACAAUUUACUGAUAUUUCUGUAACUGCUGCCACAUACUCUCACAUUAGGCUUUGAGGCAGGUAGUCAGCUUUUCAGCAGCCAGCAAUCCCACUGCAGUUUCUUGAGAAAUUGCAUUAUCUCGUAUAAAUACACUUUUUUCCGUUGUACUGAGCACUAAGGAAGUUACGUCACGCUGAAUCUAACAUGAAAAAGGGAAAUGAACAGUAGGCAGUCAGUAAAAACCAAAAGAGAAAGCUUUAAGGAUCCAGUGGUAGUUAGGGCAACAAACUGGGAGCAGUGGUUCUGACUGCUAAUGUAGGAAGGUAUGAGAGCGCCUCUGUGGUGGUUUGACAACACAGCAGCCUUCACAUCUUGCAUGAGCCUCCUCUUUUCCCCUAACACCUCUUCUCCUGCCUCUCUCAGUGUGAACCCCUCCAGCACUAUAACACAACUCAGAAAAUCUAAAAAGGGAAGAAGAACGGGAUGGGGGGGAUUUUUACAAAGGUACUCUACCUUUAUGUUUAUUACUCUGAAUGAGUGUGGGUGACAGGGGGGAUGCCUGGCAGUUACAGUUUGUGACACUUCUCCCACUUAUGAUGUUCCUAUUUCUCCUGUAUUUCUGUCACGUACUCUUUGUUCCUACCUCCCCUUGGCAUUUUUACUGUUUUUGUUGUUGUUGUUGUUUUUUUGUAUUUGAAUCUAUAUUUACUGUUUAGACUGUUGCUGAACCUCUCUGUGAUAUCAAAAUGAAAGAAAAUUAACAAAAAAAACACCAAGUGUCUUAAAAUAUUGUAUCGCCAUCGUUUUUAAUGCCAAGUACUACUUGUAAAUGUUUGUGUAUCAAAUGUGGCCUCAAAUAAAACUGAACUAUAUUAUUAUUAUUAUUAAUAUUAUUAUGAUUAUAAUUUGAGCAAUUAUUUUAAACAAGUGCUGUAGACCACUGCUGUGAAAGUAGUCGAUUCUGUUCAUUGAUAUGUAAUAAAUAUUUAUGAAAUUU